GAGAGUGUGGCCCCACAAAUGUAAGCCACGACAGAUCAAUUCACACAUAUUUUUGACGCAGCAUGUCAUGUCCCACAUGCAAGCCAUCCUCGCUUACCACCGGCUGAUCAUCCCUUCCUUUCGCCACUGCCCCUUCCUUUGCACUUGUCUGUCCAUCGUCUCCGAUAUGUUUCGCCUCUGUCGAUUCAUUCUUUAAGAGAACAAAAAGUCGGCAUUCAAAAAUUACACAUCGUCCGUUGCACCAAUGCCUAUAUUUCCCUCUUUUUUUUUGCCUGGCUCUUCUUUUCUUUUCUCUUUACAUACACAUCUCCCCUGCCUACACCUCCCUCAACCCCUCCCUUCAUCCCUCUCUCUUUCUCUCUCUUCAUCUUCCUUUCGUAAACCUCUUUCUCUCUUAUUCGAUAGACUUUAGACUUAUAGACUAUAAUGGAUACAACCGAUGCCCAAAAGGAACUAGAAACAUUUAGACGGCAAUGGCGCCAGGAGGUGGAGAACCGGAAGCACCAGCAGCAGCAACAGCGACUGCAACUGCAGCAGAAACAAGAUCCUGUUGCCAUGGCACCACCCGAACAGCCGAUCCAGCAAGAUCCGCCACCAUUGCCUGAGGAAAUGCAAUCAUUGUCAGUGGAAAAUGACCAACAGCAGCUAAACGAACCGCAAUCGGCCAUGGACCACUACAUUGUCGCUGUUGAUAACGAAAGACAAGGGAAAUUGGGCCAAGCAUUGGCAUCCUAUCGACGUGCAUUCAAAAUGGAUCCUGAUGUGGAUCGCCACUACAAACGGCACUAUCAAAAGCAUGGUGUUGAGCCAUCGUUGACAUCGUCAGCAGCGCCGGCUACAGCAACAAAAGAGAAGGGUGAAGCACAAGAGUUUCGUCACAUUGUGCCUGUGGGCAACGAAUAUAUUGCACCUUCGGCUACUGGCAAAGACCCGCUCGAGGACUUGAUCAGGGAGUUUACAAGUGAACCAGUGCCUUAUCUUGCUGCGGUCGAUUACAAGCCGGUGCAUGUCGCCAGAAUACCCAGCGAACUGCUGCUGCAUGUCUUGCGGCAUCUCAUUUUACGCUCCGUCUCGUCGGUCGCCCAAUUCGCGCUUGUAUGCAAGAACUUCUUCUUGCUCACUCGCGCACCGUCAUUGUGGCGCUUUGCAUCCGAGCAUGCCUUCAAAUCGCCCUACAUGACCUUGGAAACCUCACGUGUGUUCCAGGCUGAUUAUGUGGAAAAGGUCUAUCAUGGGCAUUGGCUGCGCAUGUUCAUUGAACGUCCGCGCAUCCGCUAUGAUGGCGUUUAUAUAUCAAUUUGUCAUUAUGUUAGAAUGGGUAAUAACGAUGAAUCAUAUAACCAACCUGUUCACUUGGUCACAUACUACCGGUACCUACGGUUCUUCCCAGAUGGCACCAUCUUGAAAUACCUUUCGACGGACGAACCGGCGCGUGUUGUCCGGUUGCUCACACCAGGAUUCAACCAACGCCAAGUAUUCAGGGGUCACUUUGAACAGAAUGAAGGACGCAUCUACAUUGAAAUGAAGGACCGACUACGGCCGCGUGAAGAUUUCAGAAUGGUCUUGGAUAUCAAGAGCACGCAUCGUGGCAGACAUAACAAAUUGACAUGGACUGAGUAUGCCAGCGUUACCGAAGGACGCGAGGAUGAGGAUGACACAUACUACGACUUGAAAAAGAUGAAACCCUACUUUUUCAGUCCUGUCAAAAGCUAUGCUGUUGAUCAUCCGUUAGAACCACCGUUGCUGGAAGGACCUUUAUCUCGACGAAGCGUUCCAUUAGACCAGUUAGAUCAGGAACAAUAAUGAAAAGUAUAAUUUAUUGUGUGUAAUUUUGCUCCUCACUUUUUCUCUUUUCUCAAUUUUGUGUGGUUGGAUUGCGCGUAGAUGGGGUUUCUCGUUUUCAGACAAUGGCUGUAUUAAUGGAGUUGAGUCGUUCAAUGUGUUGGAUGUCUUUGGAGGUAUCGCUUGCAUCGCUAUCAUGCCUUGUUGAUAAAUUGUUGUGUGGAGAGUCAUUGUUACCCGACCAGCGGACGACCCAGCAGAUAAUUAUGGCAAUACUGUCGAUUGCUAUUAUGGCCAUGUUCCUGUAUUAUCAAAACAAAGCGU